AUGUCGAAAGACCUGGCGACCAAGGCACAGUCCGUCCUUGAUGUUGCGGUCUACCUCCUACAAGUCCUCAACGAGAACGUAAAGCCGUCUUUUCACGAGUUUCUUGAUGUUCUCCUUUAUUUACCGCUCCGUCGUAAAGAACUGACACCCGGUCAGUACCGAGAACUCGGUCGGAAGGGCGUGGCACUCUGGAGCACUUGCUGCAAAUUGGGCAGGAAUGACGCAAGUCCUGAGGUCCUCACCGAUUAUACGUACGAGCAAUCUUGUACACAGUCGAAGCGAGAUCUUGCUCGCGGUCUUGGACGACCGAAGAUCUACCCAAGUCCCUCCUCCAGCAAAUCAGGGGGAAAUGAGGAAAUGAGCAACAAACUGAUCGUCCUGGCUCUGGCAUUCGAAGCAAAGCUAUUCACGACAUGCACCACUUCCUCCACCGAAGAAGCCAUCGACGACCUGUCACUGGUCCAGAUCCAGAAGAGACCUCGAUGUUGA